UGUAAGAGAAAACAUAAUACAACAACUUAAAAAUUGUGGAAUGUAUGCUUUGAUUUGUGAUGAAGGAAGGUCUUAUAAGCAAGAACAGAUGUCUGUGUGUGUUCGAUUUGUUGAUGAUAAUCUGAAUAUAUUUGAACGGUUUAUUGGUUUUUUUGAUGUAUCUGGUGGACAAGGGGCUGAACAACUUUCCAAUUUAAUCAUUUUUCUUUUAAAAGAACUUAAUAUUCAUGAAGUUCCUAUGGUAGCACAGUCAUAUGAUGGGGCGAAUGUCAUGUCUGGUACUGUGUCUGGUGUACAAACAAGAAUACGAGCUAAAUACCCUGAAGCUAUUUACAUUCAUUGCUUAGCACAUAAACUGAAUUUGCCCAGUCGAAACAAACAAUUAACAGACUUGCAAAUUAAAAUGAAUAUAACACAGUUAACGAUUACAAGACUUUGUGAAACCCGAUGGGCAUAUCGCUAUAAAAACUGCAUUGCUGUUAAGAAUAAUUUUACUGCAAUUAUUCAAAUACUCGAAAAAGAAAUUGAAGAAGAUGCCAGCAGAGAUGUACCUCAAGCUAUUGGUUAG